AUGACGCGGCAUAAACAUUUUCAAACCGGUCGCAAACCUCGAGGUUAUCCUGGGUUUAAACUAGACGAGACGCAUGUUACGGGCCCAGUACCCUUCCUCAAUCCCACCUCGGCCCAUUAUAAACCUGUCCAGCACCCAGAAGAGACUCGUCCUCCCCCGCAAGUCGAGCGUCUCUGGCGAUCUCGCGACAACAGAAAAGGCCGACAUGCCAUUCGCGUCGAUACACAGGCCUUGCCCCAUGAAACGGGACUUAAAGCACCACCAUUGACGCGCUCCUUCUCAACAGUAGCCAAGAUCAUUCUUCGGAUGAUGACCUACGCCCCUUAUUGGGACGUAUCUUAUCUAGUGGCCAUGAGCUUCACUAUCGGAUCCGCAGUUUUCAUCAUCAAUGGGUUCUUCGUGUGGUUACCACUCGCGGACAGGAAGACCGAGUUUCACAAUGAAAUUACUGUUGCAGGUGGUUGGACGGGGUUCGUGGGCGCGACUAUUUUCGAAAUUGGAGGUGUAUUGCUAAUGCUUGAGGCUUUUAAUACCAAUCAUACUGGAUGUUUUGGCUGGGCACUUGAUACUGUCGUCGAGAAGAAAAUCGAGGAAGGGAUUCCUCACCAUGCGAUAAAGGAGAUCAAGCCAAAGGUCUCGCAGUGUGAGCAUCAUCAUGCGAAUCGGAAAUCGUUUCUCAAGGAGAUACACCACCAUCAUUCCAAUGACAAUUCCCAAUCUCAUCUAGAUGAGACCGGUUACGUUACUUCAUCAACAGAUGGCAGGUCAUUCCGAUGGAUUCCAUCGAUGUCGGAAUUGCGCACACAUUAUCUUCAUGAAAUUGGCUUUCUAGCUUCCUUGAUCUUAUUUGUGAGCGCAACCAUCUUCUAUAUUGGUGCAAUUGUUGGUCUUCCUGGUAUCUUCAACCACAUGAGCAAGGGGCUCAUUGAUGGCCUCUAUUGGGGUACCACUACUCUUGGUGGGGCGGGAUUCACUCUGAGUUCAUGGAUGUACAUGCUUGAGACGCAAUCAAAGUGGUAUAUCCCUGCUUGGCAUGUUCUGGGCUGGCAUAUUGGGUUCUGGAAUUUGAUUGGCAGUAUUGGGUUCACUCUUUGUGGUGCGCUAGGGCCGGCGAGUAGUAACUCUGGAGCAAAUUUCCAAUCUUCACUUGCUACAUUUUGGGGCUCGGUGGCUUUCAUGAUAGGAUCUAUGAUCCAGUGGUACGAGAGUUUGCAGAAGCAUCCUGUUGAGAAGAAGUGA